AAGGCUAUAAUAGAAAAUACUUGCCCAAGUUGUCAUCUAGUGGGACUGAACCUGGAACCAUGUGGUUGGAAAGCAAGCUUCUUAACACACAGCCACUCCUAUGAAUUUCAUAAACUUUUGAGAGAACGUGUGUGUGUGUGUUUGUAUGUACCUUUGUCUCGACAACAUGUGAUGCAUGUAAAUGAGCCCCACCGUCAUACAAGCAAUGUUCAUUGUUUCCAAUCUUCAAUGGAAAACACGUUUAUGGGUGCUGCUCUACCACGUCCACUUAAAGAGUUGUGGGAAUUUUUUCCUCCCUUAAAGGAAGCUUCAAUGAAACUCCGAGAUAUUCCAGUGAAAUUGUUAGACCCAAAAGGUUUGUUGUAUGUUGGACAGAAAGAAUAUGCUGGGACAUCUCCUAUUGACAAUUCCAUAUCAUACCUAGGAACAGAUAGUGCUACAACAUGUCACAUUGCAGUUCUAAGGGAGACAGGCUCUGGAGCCACCUGUAUUGGUCAUUUUGAUGGGUCAGCUACUUACAAAGGAGUUCAUGGAAUGUUAAAAAAUAUAAUGGAUAUUGCUGGAUCUGUGACUGGCAGGUUUGAACUCACAUUAGCUGGCGGUUUUAAUGAUGAAAGAAGAAUAUCCUCUCAGAUUUCUGAUGAAUUGUUAUAUGAGUUCAACAGCCAUCCCCAAGAUGUCCAUCUCAUGUGUGCAACAAUCUCAGACAUGAACACUGUUAUGAAAGAAGGUACACCUUUCCCUGUAAUCUAUGGUCUUGGGGUGGAUAUGAAACAUAGAGAAAUAUUUCCUGCCACAUUUGUAGAUCGAGGACCUGAUUAUCCAUUAAGAAAUGCUAUGAGAAUGUUUGAUUGGCAGGAUUCUUUUCCUUGUAUCUAUAACUUCCAUCUCCGAAGAAUAGUUAUACAGCCUUUCAACUACUGCGUAGAUGAUGUAAGCUGUGUUGAUAAAUUUAUAAACCUUACUGAUAAAGAAAUUCUUAUGUUUCUUUUAUUACAGAAAGUAAUAGAAAAUAUUUAGAAGAAACAGAAUGAUAGUUGUGUGUACCCACCACUUAGUCCCAAAUUUUCCUGAGCUUUGCAACCCCAGGUUGGGAAACUGAUCCAAUCAACUGGACUUACUAUGUAAGUAAUUAAGGUUAUGAGCUGGCAGAAGUGUUACCACACUGGACAAAAUGCUUAGUAGCAUUUCAUCUGUCUUUAGGUUCUGUGUUCAAAUUCCACCAAGAUCGACUUUACUUUCCAUCCUUUUGGGGUCGAUAUAAUAAAUACUAGUUGAGCACUGGGCUUCAUGUAAUCAACUUACUCCUCCUGAAUUUUUUUUGCAGAGUGGAUUCCACUAAAGGCACCAAGGUUCCGGGUGGUAAUGUUAAACUGAGAAGUGGAUUAAAUUUAUCAUCUAUGCAAGCCACAUUCUCAAAGUGAUCUGACCCAGAUGUAACUUUCAUCAUCAUCAUGAUCAGGGCUGCGUUUUCAGUGUCAUUUUUGUGAGAAAACAUGCAGCUCUGGAGCUGGGCUUAAGAGCCACUUAUUUGUCAUUGGCCAGGUGCUUAUCGAUGACUUUUGAAGGGAUGGCAAUAAGCUGAAAAGAAGAAAGGCAACAAACUGGCAGAAUUGUUACCACUCUGAGCAAAAGACUUAGUGAUAUUUUGUCUGUCUUAAUGUUUUGAGUUCAAAUUCUGCAAAGAUCAACUUUGCCUUUCAUCUUUUUGGGGUCAAUAAAAUAAGUACCAGUUAAGUACUAGGGUGGAUGUAAUGAUCCCUUCCAUGAAUUUGCUGGCCUUGUGCCAAAAUUUAAAAGCAAAAUGAUGUAAGCGACUGAAUAUUUGAGAUUGGAAUGUGUAUGCUUAACAUAAUCCUCAAUCAGAAUCAGUGUAAUAACUGUGUGUGACAGGGAAUAUGUCUUUAAAUUUGUUCAAUCCAGUUCUUAUUCAAAGCUACUGUUCUAGAUUGGUUGGGGACCAUGUCUGAAUCAUCUUUCCAUUUUUGGCAUGGUUUCUCCUGCUGGCUACCCUCCCUAUCAUCAGUCACUCUACAGAGUGUACAGGGCACACUUUAUCAUGGCACUAGCACUAGAGAGGUUUCAUGCUCUCAGCAAAACUCAGAAGUCCUCACUACUAUACAAUGUAUUUGUUUAUUCCACACAAAUGUGAUGAGUAUGAAUAGAAGAGAAAGGGUGUGAUAGAGAAAGGAAACAGAGUGAUGGGAGUGAGAAAGUGGUAGGAGAAGGAGUAAUGGAAGAAGGCCAGUGAUGAUGAGUUACAUGUUAGGUGAGGAACAGGAUGAGUAAUAUAGAUAAGGAAGAGAGAUUUGUAUCAAGAAAGACAAUGAUGGUUGUUAUUGAAGAGUGAUAUGGAGGUGGGGUGAAAAACAAUGGAUUGUGGUAAAGGAAGUUGAUGGUUGUGGUUAUUGAAUAUGGAUGUCAUGAUGGAAGGAAGGUAGAGUGAUGAACGCUGAUGGUAGAAGAGAGGUGGAGUGACAAACAAUGAUGGCGGUGAUGGCAGAAGGGUGAAUAUGGACAAGUCCAGUGCCAUUAUUACAUAAAUGUCAUUGGUAGUGAAUAGAAGAAAUGGUGAUUGGCAAAUGAGAGAAAUACAAAGAAAGUUGUAGAUGGAGACACAACAAGAAUAUAUUAGAAUAUUGAACACAUAAUAUGUCCUGACAGCAGUUAAGGAGAUAAUCAUUUCUAGAUUAGAAUAUUGAUUAUAAUCAAUGACCAUUAAACUCAAAAUGGAUCUGGCAUGGCUCAGUGGUGAUGAAAUUCACUUUGCAGCUACAUAGUUUUGAGUUCAAUCCUACUGUAAAGUAUCUUCUACCAAAGUUUCUGGUUGACCAUUGUUUUGUGAGUGAAAUCUAUAAGAUUAAAAGUUAUUCUCUCGAGACAAACCCUUAAGUAGGGUCUUAGAAACGCUUAAAAGAUGUCUUUCUCCUUCUCUCCCAUCAAUCUUAGAGACCAUUUAAACCAGCCAUAUUUGGCCCAAAUAUUCUACCUAUUUUAUGCUCUGAUUAACCAUAUCUGGCCUCUCACAUCUAAUCUACAUUGUCAUCCUAAAAAUAAACUAUCACAUUAUCUAAAUCUCAAAGCAUAACAAUGUGGAUAAAAAGGCAUUUUGUUAGACAAAAGGUUAAAGUGUUAAAAGGUUAAAGUGACUUCUUUUUCCUUUAAGUUAUUAAAAAUUAAUACAAUUUUUACAAUUUUAUCAAGUUUAUUAUUUUAUUCUGUCAUGCAUAAUUUUUUGCUUCUCUUCCCAAUGAAAGUCGUCUUUAUUAAAUGUUUAAAUCCAAUGGUAUGUGAACCAGUCCCCACUCUGUUUCUUUGCCAAUCUACUAAACAUUACUUCUCUUUCUCUUGCCAACAAAAGGUUAUGUUUAAAACAUCAGACUUUCCUUCUUCCUCAGAGCAAAAUAACUUACUUCACUGUGUUAAUUAGCUGGUACUUACUAACUGCUGACACAAAUAAUCACGAGUUUUAUAGGAAUUUUACUGUUUCGCUCUCAUAUUUAAAAAAGUUGGAAAUUUUAGUGUUUUCUUCUUAAAUGUAUUUACCAUUGCAACAUUAAAUGGGGAAAUCCUUCAAAAUAAUCAAUUCCCUC